AGUCCGUCACAGAGGCACGCAUAGACUACAAGAAGGGCCACAAUAUUCGAUGGAAAUACUUCGUGAAGGUGAGCUGCCGCACACCCUACGCAUUCUCAGAGUCAAACACGAGAGAUUACAGUGGAAAGGGUACUCACUGGAUGAAAACACUUGGGAGCCGGCAGAGUCUUUCACCGAAGGUUCUGAACAUAUCCUUGAAUCCUUCUGGCUCCAAGUAGACACUCAGGGGAGAGAUCGGACCGAUGGGGCACUGUUCAAGAAAGGAGAACAUGUCUAUGCUACGGGCCCUCCGGGACUAAAAGUCUCUGUCGAAAGGCCACCUCUCACACAGACAACCUCUUCCAAGGCCGAAGGAAAGGCUCCUCCCUCUCGCAAAAGAUACGCUUCAUCCUCCGACGCUGGGGAAGGAUCCGGCGCCGCCGUUGUCAAACGGACUUCUUCCAGGAAGUUGAGAAAUGGACCAUCUCACCCUCGCGGGAGUCCUCCAUCCUCUACUAGGAAAGGCAGCAGACAGUCUUCCCCCGCCCCCGCCCCUACUCGUAGGACGAAUGCUCGAGGCGGUAAAGGUUCUAUGAAGCGCAGGAAGAUCGUCAUAGAGGAUUCAGAAGAUGAAAGUGACAAAGAAGCAAAUAAUGGACAUCUUACAUACGCUCCGGAUGGAGCUUCGAGUGGUACAGGCAAAUCUGAACCCAUUGUUACUGAUGCCAGCGCUUCCAGGGACACCGUUCCUACCCAAAUCUUGCCUUCUUAUCGUGAUGGGAGUUUGCUCCAGAGAUCUCUCACCUCCACUGAUGCAGUCCGUGAGUCAAGGACACCGCCAGCGGGAACAACUACCAAAGCAGGCCGGUUCCAUGUGACUAGCGCACGAAUGAAGUUAAUCGAUGAUCCCCAGUGGACACAAGGGUCUGGAUCUAGUGGGAUGGCCAUCCCCGCCAAAGCACGUCUAAUCAACCGUAUCACUGAACUGGCUCCCACCAAUCCUCGUGACACUUCGGGCAAGGAGGACCCUAAGCGAGCCGAUAAAACAAACGAUGCUCCGCGGACCUCUAUACCUCAUCCAAGGCGCGAUCCCAGCCGGCAGGACAGCGGAAUAACGAAGAACAAAAGCUCACUUCUGACUUUCCAGAAAGGCAGGCUCAGGUCCGUGAAAGGGAGGUACCAUCGUGGAAACAGCCCCAUCGAGUCCUACGAAGCUGUGGAGUCAGCAGCGGGGCCAUCAGCUUCAAGAAACAAAGAGACACCAGUUCUUAACACUUCUUUGACAGAUGAGGAUGCCAUUGGUGAGACUGAUAGUGAGGCAGCUCGAGGAGACAGCGGUGGCAACGUUUCAGGCUCCCCAGUCCAGUCUCUUGCCGUUCCUGUCAUAAAUCCCGACUAUCUUCCAGACUUUGAGGAGGUUAAUGAUCAAAUGAACGAUAUUGUAACCCCGCAGGAAACUCAACCGGAGCAUAGCACUGCGACUACUUCAGUGCAACAAAGUCUUACCCCCGGCAAUAAGCAAUCACAGAACCCUCCGUCAGCUAUUCCUGGUAUGACUUCGACUUCUUGGACGAUUUUUGGACCUAUGUAUGAUGCAUCAAGCGCAACCGUUGAAUCUAGCUCAGCGAGCUUGUCAUUACCCGCGGCAUUUGAUUUCUACGUCGGUUCUACAACUGUUCCUGUUAUCCUCAAUGAUUCCCCCGCUGAAAACCGAAUAUCCGCAUCUACCAUGGCAGCACAAGCCAAGGCUUCGGGGUCAGGCUCAGAUUUUGGGACAGAGCUGGUCCCAGAUCUCCUCUCUACGAUGAGAUAUGAAGGCUCCAUUGCUUGUGUCGUCCCCGACCACUCCGCUGAUGACUACCAAAAGAGCCAAUUUAAUAUUUUCUGUCGACGCGUAGAUUCUGGGAUUGUUCGCCUCAAAUCAGCAGGGAAAUCCUCGUUCAUGUUCUUUUCAUCGAGCAAUCGGUUUGUUGCUGAGCGUUUGGGUAUUCCGUCAGCCCUCGUCGGGCUUGCAAACACGGUCCUUUUGGCACUUGUCACGCUUGAAGAUCCUGCUGGCUACGCAAACCUCUUGCAACGCAUAGGCUGAUUUACUUAAUAGUUCAUUCGGCCGAUUAGUAUACUCUAUAUUCAUAUUACUCAGUCAUUCUCUAUCAUUACCAGUACCUGUCUCACUAUCAUCAACAUACUUAUAUGCUCUGUCUGUUUGGGCACGAUUAAUAUUCUCGUCAAGCAUAUGGCACUUUUCAAGACACUGAUUCAGAAGAAAAUGCUGGGAAGUUCGUAAAUCUGCUGUGAUCAUUCCACGUAACUGCAACGUACACGAACGAAUGCAUUCUA